UAGUAAUGGUGCCGGCCACGUAAAUUUAGGUUGUGUUUUGUGACGUUUAUAAAAUAAACGUCGAAUGUUGGAAGAUCAAAAAUUCACGUUAUUUGUAUAUUAUUAGGAAAACUUAAGAAUGCCUCUUCGCCUAGAUAUUAAGCGUAAACUGACCGCACGGUCAGACAGAGUUAAGUGCGUUGAUCUACAUCCCUCAGAACCAUGGAUGCUGUGCUCUCUUUACAAUGGGAACAUUAAUGUAUGGAAUUAUGAGAAUCAGCAGCUUGUUAAGACGUUCGAAGUUUGCGACCUUCCCGUACGUGCAGCAAAGUUUGUGCCACGUAAAAAUUGGGUGGUCGCCGGUUCCGAUGAUUACCAAAUACGAGUUUUUAAUUACAACACCUUGGAAAGGGUGCAUUCGUUCGAGGCGCAUUCGGAUUACUUGAGAUGCGUUGUCGUUCAUCCAACACAACCGUAUAUUUUAACUAGCAGUGAUGACAUGCUGAUAAAACUUUGGAAUUGGGAGAAGUCAUGGGCGUGCCAGCAGGUGUUCGAAGGUCACUGUCACUACGUCAUGCAAAUAGCAAUAAAUCCGAAAGAUAAUAACACAUUUGCCAGCGCAUCCUUGGAUCGAACGCUAAAAGUAUGGCAGUUGGGGGCCGCUACGGCAAACUUCACACUGGAGGGGCAUGAAAAGGGCGUAAAUUGCGUAGACUAUUAUCACGGCGGUGACAAGCCCUACAUCAUUUCUGGAGCCGACGAUCGGCUCGUCAAGAUUUGGGAUUACCAAAACAAGACCUGCGUCCAAACUUUGGAAGGUCACGCUCAAAAUAUUAGCGCCGUCAGUUUUCACCCCGAAUUGCCGGUUGUACUCACCGGUAGCGAGGACGGUACUGUACGCAUCUGGCACGCGAACACGCACCGUCUUGAAAGCAGUCUUAAUUACGGCUUCGAGAGGGUUUGGACCAUCUGCUGUCUGAGAGGUUCGAACAAUGUGUCGAUCGGUUACGAUGAGGGUAGCAUCUUGGUCAAGGUCGGACGCGAGGAGCCGGCCGUCAGCAUGGACUCAAGCGGUGGGAAGAUAAUUUGGGCGCGUCACUCGGAGUUGCAGCAAGCCAACCUGAAGGCGUUGAAUGAGGGAGUCGAAAUACGGGAUGGGGAGCGUUUACCAGUUGCAGUCAAAGACAUGGGUGCUUGCGAAAUUUACCCGCAAACGAUUCAGCACAAUCCCAAUGGCCGAUUUGUUGUGGUGUGUGGCGAUGGUAAGUUUUCGGCGGUUAAGUUGUAGAUCCAUUUUGCGACC